AUGGUACCAGAGAACGAGUUCAACCUCACCGACGACCCAUCGAAGCUUGGUCACAAUGUCAUUUCCCUCUUCAAUCAGAUCCAGUCCCGAUACUCCUCAAAGGCCGCGAUAGUCUGCGGGGACCAUACCAUCACAUACGGUGCUCUUGCAUCCGAGUCGGAUCGCCUGGCCUGCCUGCUUCUAUCGCGAAGCAUCAGCCGUGGCCAUGUGGUGGCUCUUGCACUAGAUCGCACACCGGAGCUGAUCAUUUUCAUCCUUGGUGUUCUGAAAGCCGGUGCAGCAUAUAUACCCAUUGAUCCUACUUUACCGUCCGAGCGUGUCAACCAGAUGCUGGAUGAUGAGGCGCUACGCCUGGUGAUAGUUAGCCAUGCUAGUACCAAAGGGAUGACGGGCACCUGUCGAUGUGAUUAUGGUCAUAAAGCAGCCUGCUGCACGACAAGCGAACUGCGAGAUCAGAUGAGAUAUCAAGCGGACAAGAAGCCAGCCGUAGAUGUCCAAGGAGAUGACCUCGCCUAUAUCCUCUACACAUCCGGCUCCACGGGCAAGCCUAAGGGCGUGGAAGUUCAUCACGCCGCCAUAUGCAACUAUGCGCUGUCGGUACACCAGAGACUUGGCCGUACUGACCAGGACCGCGUGCUGUUCAGGAGCACCAUUUCCUUUGAUAUGGCCGCGAUUGAGAUCUACGUGCCAUUACUGUGCGGCGCCACGGUCGUGCAGGCACAGACAUACGAGAUCCGGGACCCACACGCGCUGAUACAUCUCAUUAAUCACCAUGCCGUCACCUUCGCCGUGAUGACGCCGACCAUCUUACAGAUGCUGCUGGACAGCGGUUGGUGUGGCACGCCGGGCUUCUCUAGGCUGUACACCGGUGGCGAGCCACUGUCACCUCGCCUGGCAGAGCGCCUUACCGCUUGUGUUGAGGAAGUAUGGAACAUAUACGGACCGACUGAGACAACAAUGAGCGUGACUGCUUGGAAAGUCCAAGUCGGCGAGGACAUCUUAAUCGGAACGCCCAACGCAAACAUACGACUAUAUGUCCUCGACGCCGACAUGCAACCUGUGCCAGUUGGCGGCACCGGCGAACUGUAUAUUAGCGGAGCAGGGGUUGCUCGUGGAUAUCGGAACAAUCCAGAACGCACCAAGGCUGCGUUUCUGCCGGACCCUUUCUGGGAAGGGCAUACCAUGUACAAGUCUGGAGACUUAGCAUGCUUCUUGGACCCCAAGAGACUGGCCAUCAUCGGUCGUGCAGACACACAAAUCAAGAUUCGCGGGCAAAGAAUUGAUCCUGGUGAUGUUGAGGCGUCAAUCACAGCCCACGCGGCUAUUGCCAAUGCCGUUGUGAUUAAUCGAGACGAGCGACUCGUGGCUUAUUGCAUACGAAAGCCGGUUGUUGGCAGCGAUGAUGUUCCUCUUGCCAAGUUGCUACGCCCCUGGCUAGAAAGCCGCCUCCCCGGAUACAUGGUCCCCUCGUUCUUCGUCGAAGUCGACAAAUUUCCUUGUACUCUCAACGGCAAAGUGGACCUCAGAGCACUACCGGAUCCGAUCUCGACUGUCACAGUGGCACAAAAACCCGCUACCACACUAACAGAACAGCUGCUGGCUAUAUGGACCGAUGUACUGGGUCACAGUCAGGUUGGCAUGCAGGACAACUUCUUCCACGUCGGCGGUAACUCUGCUAGUAUCAUUCGGGUCCAAAUGAAGCUGGAGAAGCUUCUGGGUCGGAAAGUGCCGGUGUCAAAACUGUAUGAGCACUUCACCAUUGCCAACCUUGCUGCAUCUCUUUCUGGUCAACCCAAUACCAAUGGAGUCGCGAAAGAGACGCAGAACUCCGUUGGGAACGAUACUACUGGUGAAGAUAUUGCUGUCAUUUCCAUGGCGUGCAGACUGCCCGGCGAUAUCCACACGCCGGAAGAGUUUUGGAAGGUUCUCAUCAGCGGCACCGACGCCGUUACCAAGGUUCCUGAGGAGCGCUGGGAUGCCGAUGCCAUCUACGAUCCUGAUCCAGAGGCCCCCGGCAAGUCCUACAGCAUGGGUGGUGGCUUCGUCAGGGACGCCAUGGAGUUUGACGCGCAAUUUUUUGGGAUAUCCCCUCGCGAGGCCCGGGCUAUCGACCCGGCGCAGACCAUGAUCCUGGAGACCUGCUGGGAGGGCUUCGAACGGGCAGGCUAUGGCACUAAGUCCUUGCGCGGCAGCCAGACUGGUGUCUUCAUCGGCAGCGGUAACAGUUCUGUGGAUGACGGUCUGCUAAGCGCCGCCGGCACAGAAAAGCUUGGAGGACAUCUAGGUCUCGGCACGGCGCCGAGUUCGCUCUCUGGUCGCGUGGCAUAUGCCCUGGGGCUCCAGGGUCCUACUAUGACCUUGGAUGCUGGGUGCGCUGCCUCGCUGGUCGCCACGCAUGUGGCAUGCACCGCACUUCGCCUGGGCGAGUGUGACAUGGCUGUGGCUGGUGGUGUCACAUUUUUGCCCUCCCCUGGCUUGCAUGUAGAGUUUAGCCGGCUUCGCGUUACAUCACCAGAUGGUCGUUCGCGACCAUUUUCAGCGGACGCGGCUGGGAUGGGACUGGGUGAAGGUGCCUCGGCUGUGAUUUUGAAACGUCUCUCUGAUGCGCAGCGUGACAACGAUCAUAUCCACGCUAUAAUUCGCGGUUCGGCAGUCAACCACGGCGGCCGUGGCGCUAACAUGACAGCACCGAGUGGACCAGGCCAGGAGCGUGUUAUCCGCGCAGCUCUGGCGGCAGCGCGCUUGAAGCCGUAUGAUAUUGACUAUGUUGAAGCGCAUGGGACUGGCACCAAGCUAGGGGAUCCGGUCGAGGCCUCAGCUUUGGCAGAAGUAUUCAGCAGCAGUCGGGAUGAUACCAUUGGACCACUGAAGAUUGGUUCCACGAAGGCCAAUAUCGCGCACACGCAGGCAGCCGCCGGCGUUGCAGGCCUUAUCAAGGUAGCUCUGGCGAUGGAACACAACAUGCUGCCACAGACACUGCAUAGCAGUCGGCCCAGCCCUUUGAUCGACUGGGUUGGUGGCAAGUUGCAACUUUCCCAACGGCCAAUGGCAUGGCUACCCAGAACAAACAGCCCGACUACUCCGCGACGAGCAGGGGUAAACUCAUUCGGAAUAGCGGGAACUAACGCGCAUGCUAUAAUUGAAGAGCCUCCAAGGGUUCACUCAGAGUCUAAUGGCGACAUUAAUGAUGAUGAUGAUGAUGAUGCCAGGUCGCCUUUGCCGCUACCGUUCCUCCUUUCCGCGUAUACAAGUGAAGCGCUACGGGGGCAAGCGAGAAAACUUCGCGAUCACAUCUCCAGUUCUACUGCCAAAAUCAAGCUGUCUGAUGUAUCAUACUCAUUGGCAACUACUCGCACACAUUUCCCACGACGCAUCGUUCUUGCGGCACAAGACAAGACUGAACUGCUGAGCAGCCUAGCAAGCAUUAUCGACAACGGAGUACCAGCAACUGCUGACAACAGCAAGUCAGCUCGCGUGGCGAUGUUGUUUUCCGGACAGGGCACUGAACGGAACAGGAUGGGCAAGGCUCUUGCUGAACGUCACCAUGUGUUCCGCAACACCAUCACUCACAUCGCAAGCCUGUUCGAGGCAGUUCUAGACAAGCCUCUGUUGGAUGUUAUGUGGGCAGAUCCGGAGAGCGAGGCCGCCUCUUUGCUCCUGCGUACGGAUUAUGCGCAACCAGCUCUCUUUGCCCUCCAGGUAGCACUGUGGAGACUGUGGCAGAGCUGGGGGGUCCAGCCAGCAGUUGUGUUGGGCCAUAGCGUUGGUGAGAUUGCGGCCGCGCACGUCGCCGGAGCUAUGAAUCUGGCGGACGCUUGCCGCUUGGUCGCGGCACGAGGGAAGUUGAUGCACGCGCUGCCUGAAAGUGGUGGUAUGGUGGCACUUGAAGCCGGCGUAGACGAGGUCACUUCAGCCAUCGAGCAGCUCAGUGCCCGGGACAGUGUGUCGAUUGCCAGUAUCAAUACCCCGACACAAGUGGUAGCAUCUGGGGAUAUGGGUGUCAUCAACAAGUUGGUAACCCGCUUCAAGACUCAGGGCCGGUCUUGUAAGGUCCUCAGAACUAGUCGCGCAUUUCAUUCGCAUCACCUGAAUGAAAGCAUGCUUUCCUCGUUACGCGCCGUCGCCAAAACGAUUGUGUUCCAGCAGCAAACGCUGCCUAUUGUUAGCACAGUUACGGGCAAACUGGCAGAGCCAGGGCAACUUAGUAACGCGGAUUACUGGGUCCGACAAGCUCGCAAUCCAGUCCUGUUCGCUGAAGGCAUGCAGACCCUCGCCGACCAAGGUGCGAAUUGCUUUGUUGAAUUAGGCCCAGCAGCGACACUGUGUGGUAUAGGAGCCUCAUGUCUCGAUGACGACAGCACUCAGACGAGCAAAAUGGCCGACCGCGAAGGCGGAGGAAACUUGGCUUGGCUGCCCUCGUUGAAACCCAAGAGCGACGACGCUCUGGUAAUCCAGAAUAGCCUCUCCGACCUGCACAUACGACAAGUAGAGAUCGACUGGGCAGCCUUCUUCAAAGACAUUGGUGGGCGCCGCAUCCAGCUACCUACUUACGCAUUUCAGCGACAUCAGUAUUGGCUGGACGGGUUGCGACCAGUAUACAGCGGUAAGCCAUCUGGCCAGUCUUCUUCGGGUGGCGCUCAGCCCUCCGGACAAAUUCAAAUUGGAUGGCAUGCUAUUGAUGCGAGUAGCCAUUACCCCAAUUCAGCUUGGGGUCUACUUUGUCCAGCAAGUGAUGCGCCAUGGAUGGUACCGGUGAAGGAAGCAUUGUUGCACGCCGGGAAGCAACCUAUUACAGUCAAUCAGCUGGCGGAAGCCAAAACUAUGAGUGGCGUGCUUUGUUUUUGGGAAUCAGAGAAUGAGGAUGACUUGACAUCCAAGGCAUCUGAGCAAUUGCAGACAGUGUCCAGGAUGGGGUUCUCUCCCUGGCUAGUCUGGGUGACGCGUGGUGCUGCUGGAGCCGGAAAUAUGGGCGAGGCGUCGCUCUGGGGCAUGAUGCGAAGUGCGCGCGUGAAAUACCCUCAACUCUGUCUGCGUAUUGUGGAUCUGGAGGGUGAAGUGGACAUCGCUAUAGCCACUAAACUCUGUUCGAUCUUGAUGAUGAGUACCGAACCUGAAUGUGUUGUGCUUGGCGAACGAGUGCUCGUCCCACGAAUGCAGUUGCAAAUGCAAAUGCAGGCGCCGGUCCAGGUUCACGUCCAGGAGGUUCAGAAGCAUGGUAAGCUGUGCGAAAAUGGUCAACAAGAGACGACCAAUGGAACCACAGCAGCAGCAGCAGCAGCAGCAGCAGCAAAGUCGAAUGGGACGGACAGCUUCACGACCAUGAUCAGGAUGGUUGGCCCCGAGGAGAGGGCAACAAUGCUUCAGCGGCUGGUACGGGAAGUAACGGCCAAGAUACUUGGUGUGGCGGCCGCAGAGGAAGUAGAUAUGCACCGGGGGUUCAUGGAUGUUGGAUUGGACUCAUUAGGAGCCAUUCAAAUGCGUAAAGAGCUCUCAGCACGGACUGGGUUGAAGUUGCCACCUAACUGGACGAGAGUGUAUCCGGAUCCUACCUCACUGUCCGAUGCUUUGCAUAAUCAGACAAGGAGCAUCCUCUUGCGGGGGUGGUCCUCUGCUUUACCUCCAUCUUACCAGAGCAGCGGGUAUGCUAAACGCCCUCUGAUGCUUGUACCUCUUCCUACUAUAUCUGAACUCGCUAUCGUCGCAAGUCAGAUGGGAGCAACCCACAAAUUUGACCUUACCUCCGACGUCACGCAUCUGCUUAUCGGCGAAGUCAAUACUCCGAAGUACAAGUUCGUCGCGCGCGAGCGUACCGACAUAACAGUCCUGAAACCGGAAUGGGUUGAAGCUGUUCGCCAGUCAUGGAUGCAGGGAGGCGAUACAGACAUUCGGGCUCUGGAAGAAAAGUACAGAUUCCCGACGUUUGCUGGGCUAUCUAUCUGCAUAACGGGCUUUGAGGAUAUGUCGCUGCGAAAUCGUAUCCAGGAUACCGUCACUGCGCACGGGGCCGAGUUCCGAAAAGACCUCACCAAGAACGUCACUCAUCUUAUCGCCAGGAAUACGGAGGGUGAGAAAUACAAAUUCGCAACGCAGUGGGGUAUCAAAAUUGUCACAGUGAAGUGGUUCGAGGAUAGUCUUGAGCGUGGCAUGGUACUGGAAGAAACUCUCUAUCACCCUCUUCUACCCGAUGAGCAACAGGGCGCUGGUGCCUGGAACCGAUCGCUGCCUACUCCGAAACCAAAAGUCACUAAUAACGAAAACCCCUCAAAUCCAAGACCGAGAAAGCUUCGGAGGAUUGCAAGUGCUAAGCUGGGAGACCAGAAUGAAGGCAUCUGGGGUGAUAUCGUUGGUACGGGUUUCGACAGCAGCGAUCCGAGGCCGUCUAGAGAAAGUCUGCAGAGGACUCAGUCUUUGACAAAGAGGCCCUCUAUUUUGCAGGAGUCGCGCUCAUUUGCGAGCGAGACUACCUUUGCAGAACCGCAGGAGCCCCUUCAACCGCCCCCGCCCCCUCCACCAGCAGCAGAGCGUCGCGAGGGUUUUCUAGGUGAUUGUUUCUUUUUCAUCCAUGGCUUCUCCUCUAAACAGACCAACGUAUUGCGAGAUCACCUUUCCUUCAAUGGCGCAGAGCUGGUGAGCUCCUUGAGCGAGUUCUCUAGACCAGACAUACCCAAAAGGGGCCAUGGCCUCUAUACCAUCGUGCCCUACAAGAUGCCCCGCGCACAGGUCCCAUCCACGGAUGACUUGGCCUUCGAAUGCGAAGUGGUAACCGACAUGUGGCUGGAAAGAUGUCUCGAUGCGAAGACGCUGGUACCGCCAGAAUCCCACACAGCGAAUACACCGAUCCCUUCUUUCCCCCUCAAAGGAUUCGCGGGAAUGAAGGUUUGCUCGACUGGAUUCUCCCGAAUCGACCUUCUCCAUCUAUCGAAGCUCGUCCACCUCGUUGGUGCCACCUACCACGAGUACUUGACGCCCAGCGCCUCCAUCCUCAUAUGCAACGACGCUGGCCCGGUGAACCCGGAGAAGCUGCGACAUACCCAAGAAUGGGGCGUCCCCGCCGUCUCUGCAGACUGGCUCUGGUCCUCCAUCCGCAACGAACAGAAACAACCAGUCGACCAAUACCUAAUCCAAAAGCAUUCCACACAAAGCAGAAAGUCUCUGGAACCGCGAGCCGGUUCUCGCCCAGAGCAGAAGCAACCCCCCAAUAGUAACGAGCCUCCACGUUCCAGACACGGGCAUGAGCACGAGAAACAAAAAUCAAGCAACGCACAACCACCAGACACAUCCUCAUCAGACCCUAAGCCCACCACCAAACCACCCCCAGCCCCGAUCAGCACAACCAGCACCUCCCCCCUCAAGCGCAAACCCACCGACCAACACCCCUCAAGCACACCCACAACCACCCAAUCCGCCCUCAACCAAGCCGUAACCAGCCUCCUCAAAAACGCCCGACCAGCCCAACCUUCCGAACCCAGCACCGGCUCGGACGACCGCCAACGACCUCAACGAGGCCGAAGACCGCUGCUGGGCCGGGCCCCCUCCUCCCUGGACCACCCUAAGCACUUCUCCUUCUCCCGCGCGAGCUCAAUCGACACCCUGAACGAAGACGGCUGCGGCAGCGCCGUCGAGUCCACCACCACGACCGCCACCAAUUCCCGCAUCCCCUCGCUGUCUCACACUCACAGCAACCAAUACGAGUACCAGUACCCGGAGCGUAACGGGUCCCUCGAAGAAGAGGACGAGAACGAGGCCCCGCCCAUGACGCAGCUGGACUACGAGGACCCGGAUGCAGUAGCCAUGCGGGAGAAAUUCCUCCAAAAGGCCGGGAAGGUAGUCGAGAAGAAGAAGUCGAAUGAUGUGAUUGCGGAGGGGAGACUUGUUCCUGGUUUGGAGAAUGGUGCGUGGGGGACGGCGAGGAGGACAAGGCAUACGAAUCGCGCGUUGGAUAAUCUUUAA